ACAGCAGAACCCACCUAAAGACCCUGUUGUCUCCAUAGGCUUCUACUGCACCAAGGCCUCUGUCACGUUCAAGUUGACAGAGAUGCAGACGGAGAGCAGUUACUACAGUCCUCAGAAGAUGAAGAGCAGGGAGGGGCUCUGUCUGGAGCAGGAGGGCAUCGCCAUGGAGGUGCUGAUGAUGGGGGAACCCUUCUUCGACUGUCAGAUCGGCAUCGUGGGCGUCCGGGCGCUCUGCCUGAAAGGCAUCAUGGGAGUGCGGGACUUUGAGGAGAACUUGAACAGACUGGAGGAGGAUGCAGUGUUCUUCAGCUGUGGAGAGAGUCUGAGCAGUAAAGGCAUGACCUACCUGACCAACUCCCUGUUCGACUACCGCUCUCCAGAGAACAACGGGGUCAGAGCAGAGUUCAUCCUGGAUUCCACCAAUCACAAGGAGACCUACACAGAGGUAUCAGGCAUGCAGCGCUUUGGGGCCUUCUACAUGGAUUACCUCUACACAGUGGAGACCAGCAGCACCACGGUGUGUGUAGGGCAGCAGGACUUCACCAUGGCGACAGGGCCUAAAGAAGAACCGGUCCCCCCUGUCCAAGAGACGUCUGUCAAGAGGCUGGUGGUUGGACCUCUGGACUUACGGCUCAACAGCAGCGCCGUGCACCGCCUUCUCAAGAUGCUGGCCUGCGCCAUGGACCACGAGUACCAACCCUACUACAAACCACAACCAGACCCAGUGGAGGUGCCCCGGGCUCCAGCCUCCCAGGAGGAGGUAUCAGUGCUGGAGGAGUUUAUCCCUACCAGGCUGACCUGCCUCACCCUGCAGAAGGUCACUGUCACCCUCAACAUGGCCGAGUUCAACCUCCUACACACACUGAUUCCUGUCAUCAUGGGACAGAAGGCCCCACCAGGUCCGGUCAGUGUGCCAGUCUUCCAGGCGAUGCGGCCCCUGCCGGCCCUCAGGUUCCAGGUGGACAGUGUUAAUGUGGAGCACUCUGUCCCCAUGUUCGCCCCUGAGCUCAUCAACACCGUCUCCUCUCUCAGCCAGCCCUCUGAUAACCUGCUGCACCACUGUUAUACACACUGCUACCUCAAGGUGUUUGGAGUCCAGGCUGGUUUGACCUGUCUGGACAGUACAGGCGGUUUCCUCCCUCUGUCCCCUCUCAUCCCUUCCUUCAGUACAGCCCUCUACGGCAAGCUGCUCCAGAUGCCUCAGUACUGGACAAAGCGCUCGUCAGUCCUGAUGACAGAGUGUAUUUUUGAGCUGCCCAACUUCACGGUGCAGGCCACGCGUCCCCAGAUCCUGCUCCUUCAGGCCAUGCUGCAGAGCUGGACACACAGCCUGGGAGACGGUUCCUACCCUGGGGUCAACGAGGCCCUGCUCAGCCAUGUCUACACAGCACCAGGUGUGAAGUCUCCGUCUCCUCCUCCUCCUCCUCCGACCCUGGAGGCCUCGGUCCAGAACGUGGAGCUGAAGUUCUGCAGCAGAGCCACUGGGACCUGCGUCGGAGGGACCGUGGGAGCUGUUAAAGUGUGUGCCAGGACCCCAGGUUCACCAGAGGGUUUGAAGGAGAAGCUGGUUCCUCUGCUCCAGGGUCCAUCUGACACUAAAGAGCUUCACCAGAGUCGCUGGCUCAAUGAGAUCCGUAAACCUGAGUCCCUGCUGGCCCCUGACCUCCUGACCUUCUCGGUACAGAUACCUCAGCACGGGGUCGACGGCCGUAACUCCUCUGGUGCUGUGUCCCUGGUCAGCGUCCAGGGCAUUGCUGUGAACCUGGAUCCAGUCUUCAGUACAUGGAUCCUCCACCAGCCUCAGAAGAGGAGUAGCAGGCAACAGGCUGCGGUGCCGGUUCCCGUGUCCAUGUCCAAGCGGAGGGAGGACGAGGUGUCUGUGGGGAGCAUGCCAUUCGCCAAGCAGCCAUCCAAUCAGGCCUCGGACUACGCCAGCAGCCCGGUCAAGACCAAGACUGUCACAGAGUCCCGUCCUCUAUCCAUUCCUAUGAAGGUGAUGCCUUCCUCUCCAGAGACCUGGACCACUCCAGAGGAACGUAUGAAGGAGCUGAUCUCUCACGUCUGGGACGCCGUCAAGCGACUCACACUACAGUUGGAUCUCCAGUCAUGCUGUGUGUUCCUCCCCAACGACAGCCUCCCCUCUCCCAGCACCAUUAUCUGUGGAGACAUCCCCGGUACUGUCCGUAGCUGGUACCACAACCAGGCCACCAUGCCUGGGACUCUGGUAGUCUGCCUGCCCCAUAUCACUGUGCUGUCUGCUGGACACAAACACAUGGAGCCCCUGCAGGACCUCCCCUUCAUGGUGUCCAGGCCCAUACUGGAGGAAGGUGAUGCCUUCCCGUGGACCAUAACCCUGAGCCAGUUCAGUGUGUACACCCUGUUGGGUCAGCAGCGGUCUCUGAGUCUCCUGGAGCCGAUGGGCUGUACCUCCACCCUGGCCGUCACCUCCCACAAGCUGCAGGCCGCGGGCCCCGAAGGACGACACGCCUUCAUCGUCUGUCUGCACGUUGACCUGGAACCUCUGAACAUCAAGGUCUCUAACCCCCAGGUCCAGUUGCUGUACGAGUUGUUCCUGUCCUGGAGGUCAACGUGGGCCCGUCUGGAGAAGAGGGGACGUCAGACCUACUAUCCCAGACCCCCCACUGGGCCGGCCCCCUCCUCCCCUGUCCGCUCCAGCACCGCUCUCCCAGACACCAGCACCUGCUCCCCUUCCGCUGAUUUUGGAUCCCCCACCGAGGGUGACUCUGGUCCAGCGGGUGAUGACUCUCCGUUCUCCGACGCGGUGACCCUGGAACAGAAGACCAGCAGUAUAGGGGGCGCCAGCGGGAAGGUCAGCCUCUGGAUGCAGUGGAUGCUGACUAAGGUCACCGUCGAGCUGUUCGCUCCCGACCCCAACGCCAAAACACAGGUACCUGUUUCCCUUAAAACGCGGCAGUACAUCAAAUACUGA